ACUAAAGGUGUUAUUAGUACAAAAUUUCAAAAACAAUACAAACAUUUUGUAACAUUACAAACAAAUCAUAUGAUUUCUUCAUGUAUCGAUUUUUAUUAUAAAGAUUGUCUUCCUAUACAAUACCUAAUAAUAAAUAAAUGUGCAAUUCUAAGAAAUAUAUACUAUGCUAUUAUUAGAAAAUCGAUAAUAAAUUUAUGACCAUGAAUCCGAAACUGAAAAGGGGCAUGAAGUCAGGAUUCACUAGUUUCGUUCUUCCACGCAAGCCCUCGAAUAAAGUUGGAGUAUCAGUUACGAGAAGUCAAAGCGCGAAAGAAUACGGAAUGGAUGUUAUUAUAUCAGAAGUUACCAAUGAUUUAGCAAUUUCGCGACGACCUUUAAGUUUCGACGUCCAGAAUAAAAAAUCAAUAAGCAAUUUACACAGAAACAACAGUUUAUCAGACAGUAACAUAUGUAGUGAUUCAGUACAAGACGAAUCUGUUAAAGAGAAAUCAAUUUCACAUGAAAAUUUAUUAGAGACCAAAGGACUGAAUUCCCUACAUCUUAUUCCGAUCAGUAAAGCAAGGCAACGUAAUUUUUUACAGGGUAAAAUAGGGGUUAAUUCGUUAUUAGGACCUAAUGAAUUAGAGAGAGUGUGUCCUAAUAGAGAAAUAACCAUUUUCGUGGGUACUUGGAAUAUGAAUGGUCAUUCGCCCCCUAAGGAAUUGAACGAUUUCGUUUUACCUAUAAGUAUGGAACACGUCCCCGAUAUUUUGUCGUUCGGUACCCAAGAAUCAACAUCUGAACGAUUCGAAUGGGAAGCUAGUUUACAGGAAACCAUCGGACCCUCCCAUUUACUUUACCAUUCGAUUUCUUUGGGGACUCUGCAUCUGGCUACGUUUAUAAGAAGGGAUUUAAUUUGGUAUGUUUCCAUACCAGAGGAAUCUAGUUUGUCUGUGCGACCGGGUACUGCGUUUAAAACCAAAGGCGCCGUUGCCACUUCGUUUAUGUUAUUCGGUACUUCUUUUUUAUUUGUUACCGCUCAUCUUACCGCGCACGAAGAGAAAGUCAAGGAGAGAUUGUCGGAUGUUAAGAAAAUCGUGCAUUGUAUGGAUUUACCCAAAGUUCUUCCAUGCAAAAAUAAAAAUCAAGACAUAACCCAAAAUUUCGAUUACGUUUUUUGGUUCGGCGAUUUGAAUUUCAGAUUGGCUACGCCGAGAGCUAAAGUCUUGGAAUGGUUAUCUAAGACAAGUUUUCCAUUACCGGCUCAUCUACCGCACGGUUGUAUGCACCACGAUCAACUGUGCUCGGUUUUAGCGGACGGAGCGGCUUUUCGCGGUUUCAACGAGGCUAAAAUCACAUUUCCACCAACUUACAAGUACGAUCCAGGAACGCAAAAUUUCGAUUCGUCGUCUAAAAAUCGAACGCCAGCUUAUACGGAUCGAAUAUUGUAUAAACAGAAGAAUAACAGGAGGUUUAGCGGGGCGCUCGAAAAUCCCCCGUUACAUUGUUUAAUAUAUGAUUCAGUUCCAUCUAUAACGACUUCAGAUCAUAAACCAGUGUGGGGAGUCUUUAAGGCACAUCUAAGACCUGGUUUAGACACAAUUCCGUUAGCAGCUGGUUUGUUCAACAGAGAAGUUUACCUCGAAGGAUUAAAAAGACGUGCUACAACUAAUAGUAUAAAAACUAAUACCUCGGUAUGUUCCGUUCAAUAAGUAUUAUAUCGGCGAUAUGUUCCAGAAUUAUUGUUUAAACACGAUGAUAUUCCAUUUUUAAUAAAAUGUUUUCAAAUAAA